AUGAAUCAGCAGGAGCAGCCUGGCGACCCUUCAUUAUGGCAGUCGCCAGAGCCUAUCUCUAGCACAGAGCUGCAGGCCAUGCUGGACGUAGAUGGACCAAAUCAAUGGACACGAGAAAGCUCAUCGCUGAAUCUACCGGUUGAUAAUGAACUGCUGCAAUUUCCUUCAGAGAUCAGUGACCUGGAAUGGUCCCAAUGGACCAAUCUUGAGUCGGAUCCCAUAUCAACGAUCAAUGGCCAAGUUGGACGUCAAGGCCACGAAUAUCUGGAUACCCUAGGACAUCUAUCCAACGCUGCUUCACCUCCAGCAGGGGAAUAUGUGGACCCAUUCUCAUCGCAACGAAACCUCACCAAUGUCUCGCAGUGGCUUGACGGAGCAUAUCGUCCUCCUGUUUCCUGCACCCAUUGCCGCAAAUAUCGACUUCAAUGCCUUGUAAUCCGCACGGCAGCUGCCAAUCCCAAUCCGAAGACCUCAUGUUCAAGCUGCGUAGCCCUGUUCCGAGAAUGCAGCUUGGCAAAAGGGGAGAAGCGCCAGCCGUCAGAAUUUGAAACGUUCUCUCCGGUCCUAGGUCAUCUUCAUGGUGUUCCAGAGGAUGGGAACAUUCCGGCAGCUACGAAUGUAGAGAAUAGUGAUGAACCAAAGGAACCGAAACAGUUUCUCAGAAAAGGAGCCAGAGUCCUCCGCGAGUGGUUCUACCAGAACCAAGAACAUCCCUAUCCAUCAGAAGCACAGAAAGCCCACAUGGCCCACGAGACUGGCUUUUCGCAAAAGCGUAUAUCAACCUGGUUCGCCAAUGCCCGUCGCCGCCAAAAACAAAAGAUGCAGUCCGCAGCGCUAUCUUCCAACUCACGUACUCGUUCGGGUUCCCCGAUGGUUACCAACACCUUGUCCUCCAUGACUCCAAUGGAGCGAUGGCAGGCUUCCCCACCAGAAGACGAAGCCAUCCCGGAAUCGGCCAUCCAAAAUGCCAUCAUGUCGAGCUCAAUAGAGUCAGACAACAGCAUCGACCCAUUCUCACUGGAUGGCUCAGCCGUGGACUUCUUCAACUUCGACGAGACUUCAUCACAUCUAGCAUCCUCCGCGUCAAGCAUUGGGAGCAAAGCAUCCGCAACAACUGACAGCGCCUCCUCGGCUUGGAGCUACCAUUCUACAGGAGACGCAGGCUUGCCAUUCUCAUCGCUGCCUAGAAGCAAACCGAAACGCAUCCGAGGCCGACAGCCAGCAGUGUCAGAUCGUCAGUACCAGUGCACAUUCUGUAUGCAGUCCUUCAACAAGAAACACGACUGGGCACGUCAUGAGAAAAGUGUCCAUCUCUCCCUUGAGUCCUGGGUCUGCACUUCCGAUCUCAGUCACGUUGAACGAAUGUUCGACCUGCGGCCACAUGAAUGCCCCUGUUGCGAUGUGCGUUCUCCAACGCCUGCCCACUGGGAGGAACACGAGUUCCAGGUCUGUGCUGAGAAGUCCAUUGCAGAGCGAUCAUUCAGUCGGAAGGAUUAUCUGUGGCAGCAUUUGCGCAAGUUCCACGGUUGUACUAAACUCCCCGUGUCGGACCUCGAAGCCUGGCGUGGGGAGGGCGCUAACGUCCAAAGCCGCUGUGGGUUCUGUGGGUGUUCCCUGUUGACUUGGUCAACUCGCACGGAGCAUCUAGCGAGUCAUUUCAAGAAGGGAUCUCGCAUGGUUGAAUGGGAAGGGGAUUGGGGUUUGGAUCCAUAUGCGUUGGGGAUGUUACGCAACACCAUCUUACCAUCUCAACGGGACUUGUUAAUAUAG